AUGUAAACGGAAUAAUUGUUUUUUGAUUCUACUAAUACCAAUAAAAGAAAUUAAUGGGUGAAAUUAAAUUCAAUUAAACGUCCAAUCUCUACUAUUCGAUUAUUUGAAGGAACUUUAUUAAUAAAGAGUAAGAAACAAGAUUUAUAUAAACAAAAGUUUUUUAAGUUAUACUCAGAUAGACUUAACAUUUAUAAUGUAAUUUACACAAUAUAAUCAUAAUAUUAGAACUGUAGAUAAUAAAAAGAAAUAGCAGCCUUAUUUUUGACAAAUGUUUAUUUAGAUCUAAAUCCUUAAAACAUAAUGGAAAAGGAUAAACAUUCUAUUUUACUAUUAUCAGGAUCUAAAAAGUACAAUUUUAUAGCGAAAUCAUAAGAAUAAAAAUAAAAAUGGAUUGAACACUUAAAAAAGACAUGUAUUCUUAAUAAUUAUAGAGAUAUUUUUCUAAAUCUUAAAGUAAUAGGAAAAGGAACAUAUGCAAAGGUAAGAGUAUUAAUAAAUAAGGUUAUCUUAGCCUAAAGAAAAUUAAAUUAAAGUAAAUAUGCAGUUAAGACAUUCUAAAAAUCAGCCUUAUUAGAUAAAAAUAAUAAAUAAAGAGUAAGAAUAUAACUGAUAUCAAAAAGUAAGGACUACUUAAUGAAAUCAAUUUGUUACGUUCUUGUCAUCAUCCUAACAUUAUUAAAUUAUAUGAAAUUUAUGAGAGUGGUGAUUACAUUUAUUUAGUAAUGGAAUUGCUUGAAGGAGGAGAAUUAUUUGAUCUCAUACUAGAAACAAAAUGUUUUUAAGAGUCUAAGGUGGCUUUGAUUAUGUUCAAAAUAUUUGAUGCUUUAGAAUAUUUACAUACAAAAGUACAUAAUUAUUCAUUUAUUAAAAUUAGAAUAUCAUGCAUAGAGAUAUUAAACCUGAGAAUAUAUUAUUAAAAGAUAAAUCUGAGAAUUUUGAUUUAAAAAUUGCAGAUUUUGGUUUAGCAUCUUAUACUGAAUCUGAUCUUAUUAUCACUAAAUGUGGAACUCCUGGUUAUGUUGCUCCAGAAAUUUUAGAAGAUAAAAAAUAUAAUGAAAAAGUUGAUGUCUUCAGUGUAGGCAUCAUCCUUUAUAUUUUGUAAAUCAUAUUAUUAUGAAUUUAGACUUUCUGGAUAAGCUCCCUUUUAUGGAAAUAGUCUUGAUGAAAUAAUGGAGAAAAACAGAGAUUGCUAAAUUAAUUUUAAGGAUCUUUAAGUUUCUGAAGAUGCCUUAGAUUUAUUAAAGAAAUCUUUAGAACCUAAUCCAGAAUGUAGAAUUUCAUCUUUAGAAGCACUUUCUCAUCCAUUUAUAUCUCGCUUAUACAGGAGAGAAUCUAAUAAUGUUGAUGAAAUUAAUUUAAAUAAUGAAGGCUUAAAUGAUAAAUUAAGUAUUAUAGAUAAUAUGAAAAAAUUUGGAUAGUAUGAUUUAAGGUCUAAGAUAUCAAAAUGCAAAUAAAAUGAAUUGAUUUAAUAAACACCCUUUUUAGGUGUACGAGAAUUUGAUCCUAUUAAAGCAUCUUCUGAUAGUUGGUUAAUGGAGAAAUCAAACAAUAUUGAUACUAAUAAGAAAUAUUGUUCUCCUAAUAUAUAAUAAUAAUCAUCAGAUUCCGAUUGUUCUAUUUUAAGUACUCCUGAUUCGAAAAAGGAAACAUAAAGAUAAUUAUAAUUUAGUGCUCUUUAAUAAAUUACUUUUCGACAAUCUCCUAGUUAAUCUAUUUAUUCACCUUAGAAUUAAUCCAAACCUUAAAUCUAAAUGAAUCUUAAAAAAGCCAAUUAAAUCAGGGAUCAAUUGAAGAAAUUAGGUUGA